GACCUCAGUUCCCCGCCAACCGUGGACUUGCGCAGGUCUUCUGGUCCCGGUGCUCUUGCGUGAUAACUGUGUGUGAAAGACGUUUGCAACCUUCUUCUUUUGCUACCUACCUUUGUGCCAGUGUGCGCGGCGCACUUUUUUUGGGUUCUGUGCUCGGUAAUCUGUCAAAAUUAGGGUCAAAAAUCGAGAACCGGUGCCGGUCUAUCAGAUGGAGAUGGACCACAGAGAUAGCGAUAUUGAGGGCAGCGUGUGCUCUCCCGACUACGUGGCAGGUCGCCGAAUAUUCGACAAUGGCUCUCGGAUAUCCGAAGCAUUCUGUUCUCCCAUAAUGAAAAUGGCUCAAGACUCCGACAAUAGGUCUGGAGCCGAAAUGAGCGAAAAUGAAGAGGAUAGUGAUGAUGCCAUACAACAGAGGCAUCAGGCUACACCUCCCACCCCUCCCACGUCGCUAACAGUCACUCCAAACUCCGAACACGAUAUCAUCACUAAAAUAAAGAGAGAACGCGACGAACUAGACAGAAACGAGCACGCGAAAUCUGUGGUGCACUCCACUCUACAGCAGCUGAGCUCGGGAGGCGGUUCCGCCUCCGGUGAUCUCCUGCCUCCUAAUUUUCCUCUACCCCUGCCAUUUCCCUUCCCUCCACCGGCAGCCUUCCUGCAGCCUGCCCCCGCCUACCCUCCCGCCCACCAUCACCAGCCGCCUCCAACAACCGCCCCCGGCGGCCUGCCGCCUUCAAGCAGUUCAUCAGAGUCGUCAACCACCUCCUCGUCAGCAGCCCAGCAACAGACCUGGUCUUUUGAAGAGCAGUUCAAGCAGGUGCGUCAGUUGUAUGAGCUGAGUGAUGAUCCCAAGCGUAAGGAGUUCCUAGAUGACCUUUUCAGCUUCAUGCAAAGGAGAGGUACACCAAUUAACCGAUUGCCGAUAAUGGCCAAGUCAGUGCUGGACCUGUACGAGCUGUACAACCUGGUGAUUCAGCGCGGCGGACUUGUUGACGUCAUCAACAAGAAGCUGUGGCAGGAGAUCAUCAAAGGCCUGCAUUUGCCCUCAUCCAUAACUUCGGCCGCGUUCACUCUCAGAACACAGUACAUGAAAUACUUGUACCCGUACGAGUGUGAGAAGCGACGUCUGAGCACGCCAGUGGAACUGCAGGCGGCGAUAGACGGCAACCGACGCGAGGGACGCAGGGGCAGCUACGGGUAUGGCGACGUGAUGGCGGGUCACCACCAGCAACGCAGCCCCACGCAGAUGAGUCCGCUCAGCCUCGUGACGGGCAUCUCGCAUCUCGCCCCGCAUCACGCCUCUUCUCGGCCGCAUCUCAACGGCAACUCCCAGCAUCAUCACGGUCAUCACCAUCUCCUUCCAAUGCCAUGCAAGGUUUGUCCUCUUCCGGGAGUGGUGCCGCCGGAGUUUGAGGCCAGAAUGGUCGAAUAUGUCAAAUUCCUGAACAAGGAGCUCAGGAACUCAGCGUCAACACCUCCAAACCAUAGGCAAAAUUCGCCGCCAGGUUCACCGCACGAGCCGUCGUUCAGCGAGAUGUCCCGCCUCUCGCUGUGGAACCUGUACCACGGGGGCGGCAGCACCGCCUCUUCACCGCCUCCGGCCCCAGCUGCCGCCUCUCACUCCUCCAGCCCUGCCACCCCCGAGCCACAGAAGGAACCCAUCAAUCUGGAGAAACGCGAGUCGAGUUCGGCGUCGCCACCCGCCAAGCGAUUCGUCUGCGACAGUCCUGAGCCAAAGUAUGAGCCAAAGCAUACCCCCUCCAAGCUGCCGCACAUCAAGAUCUCCAACAAAGGUGACGGUCGAACAUCAGAGAGCUCCCUAGUGGUCACAAUAGACAUAAAUGGCAUCGAAUACAGAGGUGUGGUGUUUGCGCAGACUCCUCAUACGGCUAACAACAACAAUAACAGCAGUAACAACAACAACACCAGCACUAGGCAUUCGUCAUGAACACAUAGUUACAAUGCUAAAUAACUACAACUUUAGCUGUUCAUGUAUUUAUUUUUAUUAUUCUGUGCAUUAUUUUUUGCAUUCAGAGUAUUCUGGAUGGUUGCCGCCAUCUUAUCCUGCUGCUAUCAUCCUGUGUAUUGCAUCAAAAUUGUGAAAAAAUGGAGAAAAUUGAAUGAAAGUGGUUAUUGAGACAAGGGAUAUUGGUGAGACAAAUUUAGAGAAUGUUACCUGGCAUUCAUUGUGAGCUUGUUUUACCUAAUGUAGAAGAACGAGUAUCAUCUUUAUAUUAUUUAUAAUCGCACUUACAGAUUAUAAUAGGCCUAAUGAUCUAGAGAGAACAUUUUUAAAGUCGUUGGAAAUCUCAUUAUCUAAUCUAUUGAAUUGUCAUUUGUUCUAUCAAUUUAUGAGGAUAAUUUGCUCGUGUAUUAAUAAAAUGAUGAUUAUAUCAAUAGAUCAAUAUUCUCAUAUAAUCAGAAAAAUGAUUCCAACAUGAAUGUACAGUAAAUGUAACUCUUCCCUACUAGCGUUGAUAAUGAUAAUUACUGAUUCUACAUGAAUAAAAUUUUCAAGAACAAAUAUUUUUCUAUUAAAAGCCAGGAUGGUGAUGAUGGCUUUCAGGAUAACAAUUCCACGAUCAACAUCCAAAGAUUUACUUUAAAACAACUUUAAAUCGUUUAAAACUAUUGCACUUAGAAUAAAGUAUUUCAUAGCUGUGAAUAUUCAUUCUAUUGUAAUUUUAUUUUUUUUACUCUAGUGUACUGUUUUUGGUAUGAAUUGUAAAUAUUAGUUGAUACGUCCCUUACGGUACUUCUUGGUUAGCUGAAUAUUGUUAAAUUAUACGAAAACUGCUUUUUUGACUGAAUAAUUAGAAUAAUAAUAGUUUGCACAGAAAAUAAACGUUCCCAGUAAUGUUGUGCGCUUUCAAACAUGUAUGAUAAAUAAUUUUUGUCUCGAAAAUUUGUUUCAAAUUGUUAUUGAUUUGAAGAAAUUUCGAAUUUCCAAUAUUGUUCACUAUUGUAGCCUACAUGGAGCAUGGAGCCGGAAUUCAUGUUGCCUUUGAUCUGAUUUCGAUUACGUAGAUAGAUUCUAGAUAGUCAUGUAAAAAGUCAUAGGAUUUAGUUGAUUACUAGGUUUAAAAUUAGCUACUAUUUAUAAAUGUAAGUUAUUAUUUCAUUAUUGUUGUCUUUAUGUGUUAUUUGUGUACAUCUACUGAGACAAGCAUACUAGCUUUGGAGCAUCGGUUUUUAUACUCUAUUUAAAUUAUUAUUUUUUAUUUAUCGUACUAUUCAAAAGCCCAAACGAGAAUUGUGAUUUUAUCAUUGAAAACAAACACUACUACCUUAUUAUAAAUUGAUUAAAAUCUCAAAAAUAAUAUUCAGCUUGAAGAUUUAGUCAUACUUAGUUUUCUUGAGUAGGUGUGACCCAUUCAUCAAUUUAGAAACGAUCUUAGAUUAAUAUUGAAAUGCUAAGGUUGUUACUGAAACGUAGAGUUACAUGCAUAUCAUGAAAACAUUAGUUUAGUUUUUAAACAGCUUGAAGAAUUCAUUCUUGCUCCUAUCAGGGAAACAAUUAAAAUAGCAUUAGACUAGGGUACCUCAUGUAUAAAGCUUGAUAAACAAUUAAUCUGAACAUUGAUUGGUAUUGUUCCAAAAAACAACUUCUUUCUUACAAUGUAGGAACCGGUACCUACCGCAUUUUUUAGUGAUAAGAUCAGUAAAUCUUUUGAGGUAUUCUGAUGAAACAAACAUUCGUCUUGAACAAGUUUAAAACAUUUUAAACAUGUCGAGAAAAUUAUAUUUAUAUGUUUGAAACGAAUGUACAGAGUGGAGCAGGAGAACAAGAGAUGUUUAAUAUGUUAGUUCACAGCUACCACAGAGUUGGUAGUUAUUCGAAAUUUCAGAGAAUAUUUUAGCAGCAUUAUCAUAUUUUGUCACGAAAGUAUUCCUGUGCGGUAUCUUGAAGACAAGCUGCACCGUACAACGCGUAACAAGUCUUACAAUACAUGAACUAAAGGAAAGUAUUUAAAACAAAAUUACUGCCUUCCCCAAGAUUUGCUACAAUGUCUUCCUAGUUUGAAUAACAUGCUAAGAACGCCGAAUGUGAGAAUAUCGUUCUGAUGUCAAUUUGAAAAGUGAAGAGUCAGGCUACUUUCGACAUUUUCUCAUUUCCUUGCACCAUUCUGUACAUUCUACUGUUGGGUAUUUUUUGACCUAAAAAUAACAUUUUCAAUACUUGUUCACUUUUUCAAACGUUUCAAUGAUUCACGUAGAGGUUCAGUCAACAGUUUUUCUGUAUGAUUUCUGAUGAUUUAGUGAAUGUGAUAUGUCAUAUCCUAUAUAAUAUACUCCUCUGAUGCAGCAUAGAAUUGUUUUUGAAAUGAGAAUCAGCACAAGUAAAAAUGCAUGAUAAGAAUAACAUUUAAUAAGAAAUCACAUUUUCUGCGUUAUAUUAUAUUUUUAUUGUAUAAUAUGCAGAUAAAAAAUACCAGUCUACGAUAUUGAAUAGUUUUAACCAACCUACAUCUCCAGUUUGUAUGUUGAUUUAUUUUUAAUGAUCUGCUAAACAAAGCUAUUCGUCAGUUCAAAAUUUUAAUUAUUUAUAGGAUGCAAGAGAAUUUUAUUAUAAUAUUAAAUGCGGCAAUAUGCUGUGUUCUAACAGCAUUCAUAGUCAAUAGUAAAUUGUGAAAAUUUUAUAUCUAUUUAUGUAGUUGUGAUUCAAACCAUGAUUGUUAUCUGUAUGUAUCUGUAAAUCUUGACAACUGUGUAUUAUUGAAUUAUUUUAAAUUUAUAGUAGAUGAGGUAGAUUAAUAAUGUAAUGUAACUCAUGAUAUUGAACUUGGAUUAUUUUCAAUUUAUAUUAGAAGAGUUCGAAUUAUAACAAAGAUCGUUAUGCAUUUUCAAUAGUUUUUCACUGAAUAAUGGUAUCGCUUGUAAACCUCACUAUGUAUAAAAUAGACAGCAUCAAGUGGGCCUACACCUGAGUCGUAUAUUAUUGAAGAAAAUCUUUAUACUCAACUGAUGAAUAUAAUAAAUUAUAUUGAAGGAAGUUUACGAUCUAAUUACUAUUUAUACAUAUUGAAAGAUGAAAUUGUAAAAAAUAUUUGCAUUAUUAAUUAUACGUUUUUUUAUCAAAAUAGAA